AUGGAUUGGGAUCUUGGCAGCGGACUCUCUAGUCUUCGCAUUGAGGCUGUUCAUGUUAACGCCGGAGAGCGUCACGAGAUCAUCGCUAAGCUGCUGAGCGACAAUCAAGUGUACCUGUCGGUGGACGGCGAAACAAAGAUCGGAACAUCAACUGGUUUCUUGAACCUUAUGAAUGCCGAUUCGAACAUUUACAUCGAUAACCGCAAGAACCGCAGUAUCAAGGUGUGCUUCGAAACAAUAGAACCUGCCAAAAAAACUACUCUGCAACAGAAGUAA